CUGAUAUUUAAUUUUCAUAAUCCGAGAUUUUACCGCUAUUUAAUGGAUUUAGCAACAACCCGACCCAUAGUGACGACCCCACCCCCACUUUCCGUAUGAAUCACUUUGCCCGGAUUUCGGCGGUAAAGCCGUGGUCACGCAUUAUACGACAAAGAACUGAUAUGUAAAGAAGUCCUGAAGCAACUAUAACACCACUCUCCAGGUAUUCUACAACAGUUCUGACGCCCUUCAUCUCUCCCCACCUUUUUUUAUAUCUGCAGGAUUCACAAAAUUCUUGUGUUUUUUUGCCUCAAGAUUUUUUUUUGUAUAUCACGGAGUAUAUUAUACGUGAAAGGUAAAAAAGUUCAUACUUUUUCACUACACCAUGUGUACAUUUACAUUGUAAAAUUGUCUCUAGUUUGUGUUUUUUAUUGUUCGAGAACAGGAAAAGAAGUGAACCCAUGGCCACGGAAGGGGGUUCUCCAGCAAGACUCGAGGGGAAGUUUACUGCAAUGCUAGUGUGUUGGCUUCUGGGAAACGGGUGCCUCUUUUCGUGGAACAGUAUGCUAACAAUAGGGGAUUAUUAUGCCUACUUGUUUCCGAACUACCACCCUUCAAGGGUCCUCACCCUUUGCUAUCAACCAUUUGCGCUUGGGACAAUUGGAAUACUCGCAUACAAGGAGGCAAAAAUAAAUACAAGAAAACGCAAUCUCUUUGGAUAUUCUCUUUUUUUCAUUAGUACUCUUCUAGUUCUUGUUUUGGAUUUGGCCACAUCCGGUAAGGGAGGGAUUGGAACGUACAUCGGAAUAUGCGCAAUCAGUGGUGCUUUUGGUGUUGCAGACGCUCAUGUCCAGGGUGGAAUGGUUGGAGAUCUUUCAUUCAUGUUACCGGAGUUUGUUCAGUCUUUUUUUGCUGGUUCGGCGGCUUCAGGUGCUUUAACAUCUGGGUUGAGGUUAAUUACCAGAGCAAUAUUUGACAAUUCUAAAGAUGGUCUUCGUAAAGGAGCCAUUCUGUUUUUCACAAUCUGUACAAUCUUCGAGUUCCUCUGCAUCCUUCUCUAUGCACUUGUCUUCCCAAAGAUACCGAUUGUAAAAUAUUAUCGCAACAAAGCAUCUUCAGAGGGUGCAAAGACUGUUGCUUCCGAUCUUGCUGCUGGUGGCAUUAUAACAGAGGCACAGAACAAUCCUACCUCACAGAUGGAUAGACUAAGCAACAAAGAUUUGUUAAUGCAUAAUAUAGAUUAUGCAAUAGAGAUCUUCAUGAUAUAUGCAUUGACAUUAUCCAUUUUUCCUGGAUUUUUAUCAGAGGAUACCGGGGCCCACAGCCUGGGUUCAUGGUAUGCACUUGUGUUGAUAGCUAUGUACAAUGUGUGGGAUCUCAUCGGGAGAUAUGUGCCGCUAUUAAAAUUCAUAAAGCUCGAAUCAAGGAAGGGGCUUAUGGUGGCGAUCCUCUCACGCUACUUACUCAUCCCGGCGUUCUACUUUACGGCCAAAUAUGGUGAUCAGGGAUGGAUGAUUCUUUUGACCUCCUUCUUGGGGCUGACCAAUGGGUACCUAACUGUCUGCGUCUUUACUUCUGCUCCCAAAGGCUACAAGGGUCCCGAGCAAAACGCGUUGGGGAAUAUACUAGUGUCAUUUCUUCUAGGAGGUAUAUUUGCCGGUGUUACGCUUGACUGGUUGUGGCUCAUUGGUAAAGGUUGGUAAAGAGAGAACAUUGUUGGUUUUUCUUAGAGGUAGGUAAUAAGCAUUAUGGAUUCUUAUGAGCAAUUUUUGUUAGAAUUGAGAACAUCUAAUUGCUUUACUGUAAAUGUUUCAUACUAUAAAUUUCUUGUGACCAAAGCUAGAUCAAUGAAAUGCAGUUCAGAUGA